AGAAUAAUUUCAAACCAAAUUGAAAAAAGAAAAAAGACAAAUAAAAAACAGAAUUUUUGCAUUUGGCUUUGCGCCUUGUACGCUCCCAACGCGAAAUAAAAGGACUUGCAAUCUCUCUUUGUGCUUUCUUGGAUCGUUCUCCUUGUAGCUAACUUUUCUCCUCCAUUAUCUGUGUUUUGUAUAUUUUCUUUUCUGGAGCCGAUCGUCUUACUACUGUACAUUUUUGUCUGUUUCCGGGAACUCGAUCAGAAUCCGGUGAAAUCCACUCAAUAUCCUACUACCCAUUUCAGAAUUUGGGGAACCAACAUUGAAUUUGGUCCCAAUUUGGAACGGUCGGUCAUCAGUUUGUAAUGGGGCUUUGACAAUUUGUAGAAGUGGGGUUUCCGUAUUCAGGAAUGGCAAUUGCUGGUGUUGUUUUGUUUUGCCAAUGAUUAUGGGGUUAAAAAGUGUGGCCGGUUUCAGGUUGAGUUCCCAUGGGAAUUUGUUUGAGCGGUGAGGCAAAGGGUGAUCGAUUGAGGGGUUCGUCUAAAAGGAAGUCAGAGAUGGGUCAUGAAUCUUCUUCUGGACCAGAGAGAACCACAAGUGGGCGUUCCAUGGUUAAUAAGCAUAUUGAUGUUCUCCGCGAAACCCCUGCUUAUAGUGAUGUUGAAAUUUUUGCAUAUGAGGAGACGAAGUUGGCCACAAAGAAUUUUCGACCAGAUCUAAUUCUAGGAGAGGGUGGUUUUGGAGUUGUAUACAAAGGAUUUAUUGAUGAAAACAUAAGACCAGGUUUUAAGACGAUGCAGGUUGCUAUUAAGGAGCUAAAUCGUGAAGGUUUCCAAGGUGACAGGGAAUGGCUGGCAGAAGUUAACUCUCUGGGGCAACUUAGUCACCCUAAUCUUGUGAAGCUAAUUGGUUAUUGCUGUGAGGAUGAGUACAGGAUAUUAGUGUAUGAGUAUAUGGCUAAUGGGAGCUUGGAGAAACACCUUUUCCGCAGAGUCGGUAGUUCACUGAGUUGGGCGAGAAGAAUAAAAAUUGCAUUAGAUGCUGCAAGGGGACUUGCGUUUCUUCAUGGUGCAGAAACACCUAUCAUCUAUCGUGAUUUCAAGUCAUCAAAUAUCUUGCUUGAUGCAGACUUCAACGCAAAACUUUCAGAUUUUGGCCUUGCCAAAGAAGGACCUAUGGGAGAUCAAACUCAUGUGUCAACAAGAGUGAUGGGUACAUAUGGAUAUGCCGCUCCUGAAUAUGUAAUGACGGGACAUUUAACUGCCCGAAGUGAUGUCUAUGGAUUUGGGGUGGUUCUACUUGAGAUGCUUAUUGGGAGGAGAGUAAUGGACAAGACCAGACCGAGUCGAGAGCACAACCUGGUUGAGUGGGCUCGUCCACUCUUGAAUCACAACAAGAAACUUUUGAAGAUAUUGGAUCCUAGACUAGAAGGACAAUAUUCAACUAAAGCUGCAAUGAAGGUUGCUAAUUUGACUUAUCAAUGUUUGAGCCAAAAUCCAAAAGGCAGACCCCUAAUGAGCCAGGUGGUAGAAAUGCUGGAGGGCUUUCAAAGUAAGGAAGAUACGCUUCCUAGUGAAGUCGGUCGCGGUCAAAUUCUCUAUCAGCACACACCUAACAGUACACAAUAGAUCUUCUGGAUGACCAAAAACCAAUGAAAGAAAAACCGAAGGGCAGUGUGGAAACACAAAAAGCAAAGUGGACAUCAGAAAGACCUCGAUCUCUGUCGCUGUCCCCAGAUUUGAUUUCCCAUGAAAAAUCAGCAUCUUUUGAAGUUGAACUGGUUUUUUGUGUUGAUUGAAUAGAUGCUGAAAAUGUGCAAAAUCUUUUUUACCUAAAUUCCUAAGAGCAUGCCUGGGAGUAUACAUAUAUACAUAUUAUAUACAUAUGUACACAAUAUAUAUCUAUAUAUAUAUGGGUGUAACAUGUUCACGUUCUGUACUGUUUUUAUUCUCUCUUUGUUUUAUUAUUCAUUAGCAAACACUGUUCGCACAACACUGCUUGUAUAUCUUGUGGAGUUAGUUGAUUUGUACUCGUGACCUUUCCAGUUUUAGUAAUGAGAUAAUCUUUUGUGGUA